AUGAAUACAAGUCAGUGUGUCAAAGAAAUACUGAGCCAAGAGGAGUUUAUGACAAUUGCAAUAAAUAUUAUAACGGGUUUAUUAGCUGGAGGGUUUGUUGUAUUAAUCUUUUAUCCUUUGGAAUAUCUAGAAACAUCAAUGCAUCUACGACUUGUUGAAACCAGAAAUAUUAUUUUAGGCCUGAAACAAGAAUACAGUAAAGGUGGUAUGAAUCAGCUUUAUUUAGGAGGAAAUGCCAGCAUUUUAGGGUAAAAAAAUAAUUUAGACACACAAUUGCAUGAGGAUUUUUCUUUUUAAUAUUUGAGAUUACAAGCUUUUAUAUCGGCCCAGAAAAAUUUGAUAGACAGACUGUGAUGCUUUGCUGUAUGAUAUAAAUAGCAUUUUUGGGUUCAUCUGGAUAUAUUACUAUGAUCACUCCUUUUACAACACUUAAAACAAAAUUAAUUGUUGAAAAAAGAUAUGAAAACUCAAUAAUGAAUGCUCUGGAUGACAUAAUUAAUAAACAAUGUGUUCCUAAGCUGUAUUCAGGAUUCUCAAUAUCAUUAUUUUAUUUAUUAGAAGGCAUGAUUCAGUUUUUUGUGUACCAAGAACUCAGAGGUUUGGUAGAAGUUGAUCAGAACAUGAGUGGGAUUUACCUUUAUUUUUUAAUCUGCGGGAUUUUUUCUAAAUUUAUUGGCAUGAGCUGCACUUAUCCAUAUAGAGUUUUACAGACAAUCUUGCAAGCGAAGCCAGGAAAGGUUUUUGUUUCUAUUCUUGAAAUGUAUAAAAAUGAAGGAAUCCAAGCAUUUUAUAGAGGAUAUUGAAUAAGUUUGAUGAGAAAUCUUCCACCUUCAGGGUUUUUAUUUAUGUUGUUGGAAGCGUUUAGAAGUUAUUUUCAUCAUAUUUUAUGCUAA